AUGCGACAUAACAACAUUGUCGUGGGUGGUGGCACCGCUGGCAACGCCCUUGCUGCUCGCCUGGCUUUGGAUCCCGCCAAUUAUACUAUUGCUCUGAUUGAGGCUGGAACGUUUUACGAGAUUGUUACUAGCAACAGAACCCAGAUCCCCGGUUACCACUUUGAGGCUGCGAACCCAACCAACGUUGGAACCCUGAACUCUUUGGCUGCCAUUCAGAUCAACACGGAGCCUAUCGCUGGUUAUAACGGGAGGGAGAUUGGUUAUGUCCAAGGUGUUACCUUUGGUGGCGCCUCUGCUGCCAAUUACGGCGGGUAUUCAAGAUCCACUGCCGGUGCACACGGCCUGUGGGCCGAGAAGGUCAAGGACGACUUCUGGUCCUGGGACAACGUGAUCCCCUUCUACGAGAAAAGCUGCGACUUCACGCCACCUGAAUUAACUAAGAUCGAUCCGAAGCUGAACAUUACAUGUACAUACGAUGAGGCAGCCUUCGAUCCCACUGGUGGUCCGCUACAGGUGUCCUAUGGAAACUACAUCGCACCUUCCAUGGUCGGUCUGGGUGAGUCGAUGGAGGCGCAAGGUCUCGAGCACAUCCCAGGUUUCAACAAUGGUAGCCUACUUGGAUACGGGGCCAUCACCUCAGCUGUCGACCCGAAGACAGCAACACGCAGCUCAUCUGAGACCUCCUUCUUACAAGCUGGGGCUAAGAAGGCCGGCCUCAAGAUCUACCCCAAUGCCAUGGCCAAGCGCAUCUUGUUUGACGGAGACAAGAAGGCCAAUGGCGCUGUUAUUGAAGGCAACUCCAAGAUUCAUACAGUGCAAUGGACUUUGUCGGCCACAAAGGAGGUGAUCUUGACAGCAGGUGUUUGGCGCUCUCCUCAACUUCUCAUGGUUUCUGGUAUCGGCCCCUCCCAGACUCUCUCUCAACACAGUAUCGAUGUUGUGGCGGAUGUUCCCGGCGACCACCCUUUCCAAGCACACAUUUUCAAGGUCAACGUCGAGACCAACUCGCAGAUUGUUGCUCGCAAUCCUGAGGUACUCGCAAAGGCUGUUGGUUACGAAAAGAUCCCCUCCAGCGUCAGUAAUCGCUUUCUCAGCAAUGCAACCCAGGCUCUCUUGGACAGCCACCCGUUAGACUGGCCCGACAUCAACUUCCUCAGCCUGGAGAGCUCUGCCGUGCCCUCUGAUAUUGGACCAGAUGAAAACUACCUCCUCAUUGGCUCGACGCUAUACUCAACGGCGGCUCGGGGAAACAUGACUAUCCAAAGCGCUGAGACCCUGGAUGCCCCCAUUAUUAAUCCCAACUGGCUGGGCGACGAGCGAGAUCUCGAGAUGGCUAUUGCCUCUUUCACACCGCAUCCGCUCUGA